AUGGGGCGCUCCAGUAAAGGAUCGUUUCAUUCGAACCCUGAGCCAGUGUCCUUUCAGCUGGGGCUGGGGCGGCCUGCGGGCCCUCACCGGCCCCGGGCGCGGCGCGGGUCACCGGAGCGUCCGCAGCGACUGCCGCGGGCUCGGUUGCUACGGGCGGGGCACCUGCCCGGAGUAGUCAUGGCGGCCGGGGAGGUUUCCUUUGGCCCACGCUCAAGAUGGUGGCCCGCAGCCUCGCCCAAUGGCGGCGCGCUCGCCUGUCUUCUCGCCCACCGAUUGGCUGCCAGUAUGCAAGAUGGCGGCGCGGGAACUUCCCGCCCCGGCGGAACGGCGGUCCAAGAUGGUCGGAACCGGCCGUCGCCGCCCGCAGCCAAGAUGGCGGCGUACGAGAAGCGGCGGGCGGCUGCCGCCCCGGCCCCGACCCCAGCCCCGGCGGCUGGCAGCGGGCUGGCGGAGCCGGCUCGGGCGGCGGUGGCGGCCGACGGGCUGGGGAACGAGGCGGAGUUCCUGCUGCGGGCCGGGGUCACCGCCAUGGUGCGGGAGGCGCUGCUGAAGGUGCUGGAGGCGCGGCCCGAAGAGCCCGUCUCCUUCUUGGCCGACUACUUCGAGCGUCUGGUGCUGGGCAGCCCCGGCGCGGCGGGCGAGGCCGCCGCGGAGCUCCCAGGGCCGCCGCAGCGCCUGGCCCGGGCGCUGUGGUACGUGCGCCUGGCUCACCACUCCCACAGGACGGCCUUCGACAGCAACGCCGGCGCGGCCUACGAGGUGUUGGGCGCCGGUGGCCGGCGGCGGAAGGCAGGCGUGGACGGGCGGCUGUACAGCGAGCUGCUGCGGCGCAUCUGUCAGCACGGGGGAGCGCCCGCGGAGGCGGCAGCGGCGCUGCUGGGCCGGGUCCGCUGCCGUGACCAUGAGGCCGUACCUUUCGACGUCUUCCGCUACGGCGUCCUCACCUGCUUCGUGCUGCUGGAGUUCGCGGCCAAGGCGGACGCGCUCUUUGGCAUCCUGGAUGGCGGCUCCGGCACCGCCGAUGGCAGGGUUUGCCAGGCCGUGCUGCGGGCGCUGGAGGACGCGUUGGGCACUGGCCACUUCUCUCUCCCCAGCCGCUACCUGGAGGCCGGCUCCAAGCUGGGGCCGGACGGUCUGGCCCUGGCCAUGGACCGGGCACUGCAGGAGAGGAAGCUCGGCAGCUCCAUGAGCAGGGAGGAGUUCCUGAAGAAAGCCACUGCCUUGUUCGUGGCAAAAGUGAAGCCCGUCGAGUAACGCCCGGGUGGGAGCGAUGCUGCCUGCGUCUGCUUCGAACCCCUCAAGCGCUCGGCACAGAGCCGCUUACACGAAGGGCUCUGGACCCCGGUGCUGCGCUGGAUGGUGAGCGCCGGGGGCUGCUCGGGCACUGUUUGGAGAGCCCGGGUCUGCCCAACGGGAAAUUCCUGACUUCCCUGCUCCCUUCCCUGUGCCCGCCCACCUCCAGCACUGGACAUGUCCCUGCCCGCCGUGCCUCUCCCAGCUACGGCUCCUCUGACCCAGCUGGCAUUAGUAAAUCCUUUUUAGGCAUUACCUGGGGACUUGCAAGGAGGCCUGUAAGCUGUAGGGCAGCGUUAGUCAUUAAAAACAAGCCAGAAUGGAGUAAAUGUGGGGAUGGACCUCCCAAGAUCCUGUAGUUUUGUCCUAGCCCUGGCAAUGUCAUGACUUGCAGCUUCAGCGGGGAACUUUAUUUCUGCUUUUGGGUUUGUUUCACACCGACCCAUGAAGUGGGGGGCAAUGCUUACGUACCUAUGACUGCGAGGAUUCACAGGUACAUACGGGGCAGAUCCAAAGCAUGAGAUAAAGCAUUAUUUUAUUAAGCAAAAUGUUUUAAAUGCACAGCAGAUGAGACACGGCCGGCCGGGAAGCAAACCUUGCUGGUAAGGGCUGCGAGCCUGAGGGGGUUCUGCCUCUGCCGGCAGCGGAGCUGUGAGGUGAUGAGCUGUCCCUGCUGCCUCCUUGCUCGGCGUUUGCCCAACCACCGCUGGGGCCCGGAUGCUGAAGAGCAAAGCUUGUACCCGAGCGAUGACUUCCCAAGCGAAGCUGCAGAAUGCUACAGAUUUGAUAACGAUUUGGGACAUGGUGCGCAGGGUCAAGACAAGACAAACCCCUUCCCUGAGGUCAUAGUUUGCUUUUGAACAGAGAUGCCUGUUGAACCAUGUGUUAUUUAUUUGAAGUUGUCUGUGUUAAUUAUUUAUACUGUGCGAUUAUUGUUUUACUGUAAGACAUUAAAGCUUUUUAUUAUUU